AUGAAUGUGCAAUUAAUGAAAGGCACUCCUCCAGGAUCAAUAUCAGCAGUUCACCCAAGUGGAUGGGUUCAGGCCUCAUUAUUCGCCCAGUGGUUCGAACAUUUCAUCAACACGGUAAAACCAACUGCAUCUUCACCUGUUCUUCUAAUUUUAGAUGGACAUUAUAGUCAUACCCGUAAUUUAGAGGUUGUUAUUAUGGCGAGAGAAAAUCAUGUUUGCAUAAUCUCAUUACCCCCUCAUUCAACACAUAAAUUGCAACCUCUUGACAAAACUUUCAUGGGUACAUUAAAAUCUUACUACAGCGAAGAGAUUAGACAAUGGAUUCGUCAUAAUCAUCGUCCCUUAACCCAAUAUGAUAUGGGCGAACUUUUGGGAAGGGCUUAUCUCAAAAGUCAGACUGGAGAAAUCGCCGUAAAAGGAUUCCGCGUUACUGGAAUAGAAAAAGGAACAGAACACUGUACCGCUGAAAAUGACUUCGAUCAGAGCACACUGGGCACAUAUCAAUCAGAUCUAGAGCCUCCUAGUCUAGACAACGUUCAACCCGGGCCAAGUGGUAAAUUUCAAUCUGAUGUAGAGCUACUCAAUCACGACAGCGUUCAGCCUGGACCAUCUGGGAUCAAAAAAAAAUGGGGUAGGAAAGCAUCACAAGCAGCAGUAAUUACUUCGUCCCCUUACAAAGAUGAAUUAUUGUUGAGCACUGCCAAUAAAAAUAAACAAAAGAUUAAAUCUAUUAAAAAAAAGGUGUUUUCUCAAUCAACCAAAAAGAGAUCGUCCAUAUCUUCGAAGGAGAAUAAAAAGCAGCAAUCUUUAGGAGAAUCUGAAAGUGAUGACGAUGAAACAGAGCUGAUGUUAGCAGAUGAUGACUUAGAUUUGGAUGAUCUGCCUGGACAAAAGGAACCAGAUGAUUUAGAUGCGGAAUGCAUCUUUUGUGAAAGUAAAUUUUCCGAAGACCGCAAAGGAGAACUAUGGGUUCAAUGUUUAAUGUGCAAUAUGUGGUGUCAUGUCGAUUGUGCAGGUGCUGAUAAAGAUGCUUCUGUUUUUUCAAAAUUUUGCUCUUGA